CAGCUGUUAUUCAAUGUGUACUGUUGUAAUUAUUUAUUGCUGGCUCACCUGAAUAAUAAAGAAUAGACAUACAAAUCUUGAUUUUAGGUGUAAUAUAGUGCGAAAUAAUGAAUUCAAUAAUAAGAUUAAUAAGUUUUAGACCUAUUUUAGAAUGUCGGACCUUAGCUAGGCUUGCAGCAGAUGGCAAAGAAAUACCCAAACGGAAGGAUUUUGCAAACAGGAUAACGUUGAUUAACCCAGAUAACUCUGUCAGCAUUACGGAUCUGAAGAAUGCUCAGAACCUUUCACAGAAGCGCGAGUUGAAACUGGUUAAAAUACAAGAUGUGGAUGCUAAAACUAGGCGGCCUGUGUACAAAUUGAUGACUAACGCCGACUACCACAGUGAAGAGCUAGAAAACAGAAAACAAAGGCAGGAAUCUCGUCAAAACAAUGCUAUGAAAGGGGAGAAGUUGCUCACACUCUCCACAAAGAUAGGUGAACAUGACCUGAUGACGGGCGUGAAGAAGAUGAUGAAACUUUUGGAGAAACAGCACCAGGUGCGGGUGGUCAUCGCUGGCGACGGAGCCCAGGAAACUGAGAGUACAGAAAAGAUAUACUCUGUCAUUGAAAAGGGUAUAAAAUCUGUGGGGAAAGUAGUUCAAAAAAGAAACAAAGGCAACAGUCUGAGGUUCCAGAUACUACCUGCAAGAGAGGCCAGCGGGCCGGCGAGCGACAGUGUGGGCUCCGGCUCCGACGACAAGGACAAGGGCCCGCUAUGACUAGGCGUCGGGCUGGUGGCCAUAUUCACCAUCAAGUAUGUCAUUUUACAAAAAUAUUACUUUUCUAAACCGGACACCAACAGUGAAGAAACAAAAACUAUAAGUGAUACAAAGAGUUCAAAUACCAUUUUUGAUCGCAUUUAAUUUUCAGUUUUGGAAAUAGAAAUAAAACAAAAUAAUCGUUUAAACCAUGUAUUAUUUUAAUAAACAUUUGUAUGCUUAGAUGCUUUAUGAAAUAUUAAAUAAGAGAAUGUACAUGAG